CACUUCAAUUGAGGUUUGAAGAAUCAAUAUCCCAAAAUGCAAUUGGUUUCCAUUUUCCUUUUCAUAUCUUUCCUCUUUUUGUUAAGGAAAUGGAAAAAGUAUUUAAACAAUAGCCAAACCAAAAAAUUGCCUCCAGGUCCAUGGAAACUUCCUUUUAUAGGAAGUAUGCAUCACCUGGCUGGUGGACUUCCACACCGCGUUCUUAGAGAUUUAGCUGAAAAAUAUGGACCACUUAUGCACCUUCAACUUGGUGAAGUUUCUGCAGUUGUGGUUACAUCUCCUGAAAUGGCAAAACAGGUAUUAAAAACUCAUGACAUUGCUUUUGCAUCUAGGCCUAAACUCUUGGCCAUGGACAUUAUUUGUUAUAAUAGACGCGACAUCGCCUUUAGCCCCUACGGUGAGUACUGGAGACAAAUGCGUAAAAUUUGUAUCAUGGAAGUAUUGAGUGCAAAGAAUGUCCGGUCAUUCAGCUCGAUCAGGCAUGAUGAAGUUGUUCGUCUCAUUGACUCUAUCCAGCCAUGUUUUACUUCUGGUGAGCUGGUUAAUUUUACGGAAAGGAUCAUUUGGUUCACCAGUUCCAUGACAUGUAGAUCAGCAUUUGGACAAGUACUAAAGGAGCAAGAAGUAUUUAUAAAGUUAAUUAGAGAAGUAAUAAGCUUAGCAGAGGGAUUUGAUGUGGCUGACAUCUUCCCUUCAUACAAAUUUCUUCAUGGUUUUGGUGGAGCGAAGAAAAAACUUCUAAAUGCCCAUCGUAAGGUAGAUUCAAUUGUUGAGGAUGUCAUCAAAGAGCAUAAGAAGAACAUUGCAACUCGCAAAAGUGACGAUGCAAUAGGUGGUGAAGAUCUAGUUGAUGUCCUUCUAAGACUUAUGAAUGAUAAAAGUCUUCAAUUUCCAAUCAACAACGACAAUAUCAAAGCUGUUAUUAUUGACUUGUUUGCUGCUGGAACAGAGACUUCAUCAACAACAACUGUAUGGGCUAUGGCUGAAAUGUUGAAAAAUCCAAGUGUAUUCGCCAAAGCUCAAGCAGAAGUGCGAGAAGCCUUUAGAGACAAAGUAACGUUCGAUGGAAAUGAUGUGGAAGAGCUGAAAUACUUAAAGUUAGUCAUUAAAGAAACAAUGAGACUUCAUGCUCCAGUUCCACUUUUGGUCCCAAGAGAAUGUAGGGAAGAAACUGAAAUAAAUGGAUACACUAUCCCCGUGAAGACCAAAGUCAUGGUUAAUGUUUGGGCAUUGGGAAGAGAUCCGAAAUAUUGGGAUGAUGCAGAAAGCUUUAAGCCGGAGAGAUUUGAGCAGUGCUCUAUAGACUUUAUUGGUAACAAUUUUGAGUAUCUUCCGUUUGGUGGAGGGAGAAGGAUUUGUCCCGGGAUAUCAUUUGGUUUGGCUAAUGUUUAUUUUCCGUUGGCUCAAUUGCUUUAUCACUUUGAUUGGAAGCUCCCUACUGGAAUGGAGCCAAAAGACUUGGACUUGACUGAAUCGGCUGGAAUUACUGUUGCUAGAAAGGGUGAUCUUUACUUAAUUGCCACUCCUCAUCAACCUUAAUGGCAUCAACUUUUUAAAUUUUCCUUUGUCAUUUUAUUUCUUGUCUUUUAAUCAAAUAAGAUUGUAUCCGCGUGACAGUUACCCUCAUGUCUGGUCUGUCGAAUAACAUUUUUUGUAACAAUUCAAAAGGGGUAGAAUUUCUGUUAAUUUUGGGUAUAAAUUGACAAAUAAAAGAAGGCAAGAGGAGGAUGGGAGCUGAGGAUUGUUUGUUAUGUACUUGAAUCAGAUUUGUAAGAAAUUAUAUCUCGUGGGAAUAUGUAUGUGAUCAAGAAAGUGUCUUCAGUGCAGCACUAUAACAAUGAUCACAAGUUUUUCAGUGAUUUGUAGGAUUCUAGAUAUAGUAAAAUGUGAUUUGUAAUGUA